AUGUCUCAAGAUCUCAACUCGGUCACUCAGCCAUGCAAUAGCACGUCAUCGGAAGAAAAGAUAUGUAGCGAACUGGAUUCAAAGUGCAAGAAGGGGAAGAGUGUAGACAAGCUUAAGCAAGAAUUAUUUGCUUCGGAGUUGUCUUCACAAGAGCCAUCAAUAGAACAAAAUCAUGUGACCAAAAUUUCUGAGACAUUAUGUCCCAGAAAAAGAUCCCAAGAAAUGGGGUUACAGCUUCGAGAUGUAUCACGAGAUAGUUUGCGCAAAAAAACCCAGAGAGCUGAGAAAGUCUAUAAAUUUAUCGAACAAGUGGGCCUAGAUAAAAUCAAGUAUAUCAAAUCUUAUAAUGCAACUUCUAUUUCAGAGCUUACUAAUGAGCAAAUUCAAGAUGUUAUAGAUUAUGGAAUAUCUUCAGAAAAAUUACCUCUGGUAACGGAUCAUGUGACUGAAAUUUCCGAGACAUUAUGUCCCAGAAAAAAUUUGCCUGUAAAUACUCCCGAUCAGAAUAAUGUAUUGGAGGAAGAGGUGUGGUUUGAUGAAGAUAUGUUUUUCAAUGAGGCGAAUCCCACUAAAGUGAACACUGUCACUUCAGACGAUGAUGUGUAUUUUGGUGAGGCGAAUGAAGUUAAUAAGCACGAUGGCGACUCCAAUUCAAUCAAUGAUGACUCCGAUUCUGAUAGUAAUUCUGAAGAUGAGAUUCCAGACGAUUCAGAUGAUGAUGGAUAUGGUGGAUACGGUGGAUAUAAUGAAUAUAGUGAACGUGAUAGAGGAAUUGGUGGUAUGUAUUCCAACAUGUGCGAUUCGUCAUCUACAGAUCUCGAUCCAUGA